AUGUCCCUAACAUUGGCUUGUGAUCAAAGUGAGGUUAUCUAUAUUCACGAGACAACCUUGACCGACUGGCCAGGAUCGAUAUCGGCGUCCACGUGCGAACUGCCUCUGUGUAAUCAAUAUUGUCGUGCAUCCACACACAAUCACGAUAUCCACUUCAACGGCCGGCAGACGGCACAGUACACGUUUUUGCGGGAAAGUUUGAUUGGACACGAUUUCUUGACCGGAAAUUGCAAUGCAUCAUCGUCUUCAAGUUUGGUUCAUAUUCGUUACGAGUGCUUGGCAGCAAGCAGCCUAAAUAACGUGUGUAGCAACGCCAAAAUUACGGGCCUGUCAUCCGGGUUCCUGACAAGUCCUGGGUUUCCAGGUUCGCCCCAAUCACAACAAAAUGGCUGCCAAUGCGACCUGAAAGUAUCAGACAAUGGUAUCGUAACAAUGACAGCUAUUAUCAUCAACCCUAUCCUUACUGACCAACAACCCAGGUGGACAUUUGAGGUCGUCGAUGAAAAAGGAAAAGUUCAAAUCAUGGACUCUCAAGCAUUGUUUUCAUCGACUAUCGACAUCCACUCCUCGAACAAAAUAAAAGUGAAAUUUUCAAGUACCGGUGACACAACAGGAGGACGCACCCACUUCACUUCCUAUCCAAGUGGUUUCUGGGUAAAAUACUCAGCAUUUCCACUGUUCUCCACGAUAACGCUCCAAUGUACAGCGCCCCCUGAUGGGAAAGCUGUAUCUGCAGUUACUGUCGGUGUAUCGUGUGCCUUGGUAAUUGCCUUUAUACUGUUUACACUAGCUGUGGUGUAUGUUGGCCGUAAAUGGUGGCGGAACAAACACCCGAAAUUACGAGUGAAACAACAACGGAAAGCGACACCUGGCGGUGGGCAUGACAAUUACGGACUGGAGUUUGAUUCCUCUUCAGACCGCUGGACGGAAACGGAAGUACCGGAUUUUAGUGGCAAUAGGUGUAUGUCACUUCCGGAAAUUUACCUUGCUCAACAGAUAGGUAAAAUGAAACUAGCAGGACAUUCAACCCCUCGCAAAGGUCGUGUUGAAGGACGGCGAAAAAUCUCAACUGCAAGUCUUCCCUCCACAUCGUCACAUGGGUUAUCUGUAAUCACGAACGAGAUUGUACGAGAGUUUGAUGAGUUUGACGACAUGACCGGAAGUUACGAGUCUUUUGCCGCGGAAAUUUUUUAUCUGGAAGGAAUCACUUUUGACGAAGUCGAAGUGUGA